AUGGCACUACCUGAGGCCUGGCCCACCUCUUCAGAGAGAAGGGAUCCCAGUGGUCUGGACAUCAGAGAAGCCGAGUUGGAAGCACAGAGUUGCCCUUCAGUGAAUGUCCCUAAAACCCAGAGAACUUUCUGCAAAAUGUGCUGCAAGCAGCAGCCUCAUAAAGUGACCCAAUGCAAGGAAGGCAAGGAUUCCCGGUACACACAGGGGAAAAGGCGAUAUGAUCAAAAGCAGAGUGGCUAUGUAUGGUGGGCAAAGACCACAAAAAAGACUGUACUAAGGCUUGAACGUGUGGAACCCAACUUCAGGUCUAAGAGGAUGCUUGUCAUUAAGAGGUAUAAGCAUUCUGAACUGGGAGGAGGUAAGAAGAGAAAGGGCCAAGUGAUCCACUUCUGA